UGAUCUGACGGCUAGGAAUCGAAUCACCGUCCGCCGCAACAUCCCAACUUCAGAGCAAAAAAAACUCAAAACGCCAAAAAACCCUCCUCCUUCCGUAACCAGAGCCGUCUUCUCGACGGAAGACAAAGAUGCAAACAGUGAGAGCUUUGAGGAGAGUCACUAAACCCUCACAAUGGGUUCGGUCUGUUUCCCAAGGAAAAAGAAGCUUCUCCGCCCUACCAAACUACUCCGCUUCAGAUGCCGAUGUCCAAGACCAGGUUUCGGUUGAAGGGAAAGCUAAAUCAAGAGCCGCCAUUCUCGAUAGACCCUCUUCACUCAAUGCUCUUUCUGCUCCCAUGGUUGGUCGGUUGAAGAGGCUAUACGAGUCAUGGGAAGAGAACCCUGCUAUUUCGUUUGUUUUGAUGAAGGGUAGCGGAAAAACGUUCUGUUCUGGUGCAGAUGUCUUGCCUCUUUAUCACUCGAUCAAUGAAGGGAAUACUGAAGAAUGUAAACACUUUUUCGGGAGCUUGUACAAUUUUGUAUACCUCCAAGGAACAUAUUUGAAACCAAAUAUAGCUAUAAUGGAUGGUGUAACAAUGGGUUGUGGUGGUGGCAUUUCAAUUCCAGGGAUGUUUCGUGUGGCAACAGAUAAAACUGUGUUGGCACAUCCAGAGGUUCAAAUUGGUUUUCAUCCUGAUGCUGGAGCUUCUUAUUACCUUUCACGGCUUCCUGGCUAUUUAGGGGAAUACUUGGCUCUAACAGGGCAGAAACUUGAUGGAGUCGAAAUGAUAGCGUGUGGCCUUGCUACCCACUUUUGCCUACACUCGAGACUUGGGAUGGUCGAAGAGAGGAUUGGUAAGCUGUUGACAGAUGAUCCAACUGUCAUUGAGGCUUCUCUUGCUCAAUACAGUGAUCUAGUUUAUCCUGACAAUACCAGUGUACUUCACAAGAUCGAGAUGAUUGAUAGAUACUUUGGGCUUGACACGGUUGAAGAAAUCAUUGAGGCUAUGGAAAACGAGGUUGCUGAUUCUGGCAAUGAAUGGUGCAAGAAAACUCUCAAACAAGUCAAAGAAGCUUCUCCUUUGAGCUUAAAGAUUACUUUACAAUCUAUACGAGAAGGUAGAUUUCAAACUCUUGAUCAGUGUCUCACGCGUGAGUACCGUAUCUCUCUCUGUGGAGUCUCAAAGACUGUCUCUGGUGACUUCUGCGAGGGUAUUCGAGCCCGUUUGGUGGAUAAAGACUUUGCUCCAAAGUGGGAUCCUCCGCGCCUAGAAGAUGUAAGCAAAGACAUGGUGGACUGCUACUUCUCGCCAGCCACAGAUGCCGAUGAUUCAGAAUCUGAGCUGAAGCUUCCAACAGCUCAACGAGAGCCUUACUUCUGAGGAAACUACUGUUACUCAUUGCCUGCAAUAAAGUAUUUCUACAGGUCUACAGCACUCCAAUGAGAUCCCUGCAAUGGCCUUCUUUUGUUGUCGAACUCUCUUUUUUCUUCUCGCUGGAGCAAACAAUGUAUCUUCUUAAUUAGAAGUGACAAGUUUGUCACUGUCUUGUGAUAGUUUUUGUUCGUCUUUUAUGAGAGAGAUCCAUUUCAAGUCUCAAGCUUCAGUAACUCGACUUGUUUC